GACUCCUCCCUCCUAGUUCCUUUCCCCGCGGACCGCACCUAGGAGAAAAGAAAGCGAAAGCGGCUGCCUUCGUUUCCAAUCGCGGUGGAGCAGCAAUGGCCGAGGCCUCUACGGAAGACCUAACAUGCUCCGUCUGCCUGGACGUGUUCACCGAGCCGGUGCUGCUCGCCUGCGGCCACUGCUUCUGCCGGCCGUGCAUCGCCUCCUUCUGGCACAGCCCGGCGAGAGCGGCCAGUUGCCCGGAGUGCAGAGCGCCUUGUCCCGACAGGAAAUACACCCCGAGUCGGCUGCUGGGGAGCUUAGCCCAAAGAGCCCGCCAACUACUGAUCCAGCAAGAGGAAGCGGGCGGCGGCGCCACGGAGGAGAAGGAAGGCGAAGGUGGAAAGGGGGACUCGAAGCUGCGCUGCGAGGUGCAUGGCGACAUGGUGGGGCUCUUCUGCCUCACCGACGAGGCGCCCGUUUGUUACAGCUGCGUGGGCUCGCCUGCCCACGCCGGCCACAGCUUCAUUUCGGUGCAGGACGGGGCUCAGAAAUGCAAGGAGAAGCUGGCCCAGUGGUUGGAGUCGCUGGAGGUCCGGGUUCAGACACUAGAAAACCUUGAACGCCGCCAGGACGGAUAUAUGGUUUCCUUGAGAGACUCAACUGAAGAACUGCGUGUGAAUAUUGAGGCCAAAUUCUCUGAACUACAGCAGUUUCUGAGCCAGAAGAAAGAUAUGAUGCUGGCCGAACUGGAGAAGGAAGAAAAGGAUGCCCACAAUCACAUGGAGACUCGCUUGCGCCAGAUUCAAGAGGGGCUCAGUUCUGCCAUGGAUUUGAAGAGCCAAGGAAGGGCUCUAAUGGAAAGAAAGAACCCAACUGUUUUCCUUUCGGAUAUCCAGCCUUUCCUGCAUAUAAUGACAGAAGGGGAUGAAGACAGUCUGUAUCCUUUUUCUGCUCUUGGUAUACAACUCUGCCUUGGGAGAUUCAAGGGCCCAAUCCAGCACCUGGCAUUUACAGCUCUGUGCUCAGUCUUCAAAUUAGGGUUAGAACCUAUCCAACUGGACCCCGAAACUUCUCAUCCUGUAUUUAUUAUCUAUAAGAAUACACACAUGAUGACUCAAUGGAAAUCAAACAUAUACAACAACAACCCAGAAAGAUUUGAGAACUAUCCCAUGGUAUUGGGGAAAAGGGGCUUCUGUUCCGGCGAACAUUAUUGGGAAAUAGAGACAAAAGAUGCAGCAGGCUGGGCUAUUGGAGUAGCCACAGAAUCCAUAGAAAGGAAAGUUCAGGUUUCGAUUCAAGAUUUCAUAAAGAAGGUCUGGGUUUUAAAGCUGGCCACAGUGAAAAACAUUAGUCCUGAAGAUGGGACUUUGGUCCAGAGAUUUGGAGUGUAUCUGGACUAUGACAAAGGCCAGAUCUCUUUUUAUGAUGUAAAAAGUUAUUCUCACCUUUGUACCCACCAGACCCAAUUCAAAGAAAAAGUCUAUCCUGUUUUCUGGAACAUCACAAAAAGUGAGAAAAGUGUGUCCCUGUCAAUUUGUCACAAGCAGGACAUGUAAACUCUUUUAAUGUAAUAUCUUUAGCUAUGGUAGCACAUAGCUACAUAGGGGAAAAAAGGUAAAGGCAGGCCCCUGUGUAAGCACCAGUCGUUUUAGACUCUGGGGUGAUGUUGCUUUCACAACGUUUUCACAGCAGACUUUUUAUGGGAUGGUUUGCCAUUGCCUUCCCCAGUCAUCUACACUUUCCCCCCAGCAAGCUGGGUACUCAUUUUACUGACCUCGGAAGGAUGGAAGGCUGAGUCAACCUCGAGUCGGCUACCUGAACCAGCUUUGGCCAAGGAUUUAGAACUACUCUAUGGCCCCUCCCCAUCCUACUGUUUACCACUUCUACAAAUAAAGUAUCAAGUUCUGUGCUGUUGAUUUUAAACUCCA